GGAGCGGGGCGGAGUCGACACUCCGGCCAGGGUUUGGCUCACCUCAUCCACCAGAGACGGAAGUGCACUCCCCCCGGCACCACGGAGUAGCAGCCGGGCCUCGCCCCACCGGGCGCCCAGGCCUCGGGGAGCUCCUGCGCCGGAGGCAUCAUGAAGCGUGCGGGAACUCUGCGCCUGCUUUCGGAUUUGAGCAACUUUACCGGCGGGGCCCGGCUCCGCGAGUUGUUGGCCGGGGACCCAGAUGUCCUAGUCCGCUGCAGCCCUGACGGCCGUCACCUGCUGCUGUUAAGACCCCCCGGGUCACCUGCCCCGCAACUUCUAGUGGCGGUGCGUGGAGCGGGUCAGGCCCUGGAGCGUGCCUGGCCGGAGGGGCACCCCUCGCCGCUGGACGCCUUCUUCAUCCCGUGGCUGGCGCGACCUGCCCUGGUCUUGGUGUGGGAGAGUGGCCUCGCAGAGGUGUGGGGCACGGGCAUGGAGCCUGGCUGGAAGCUACUUCAGAGCACUGAGUUGUGUCCGGAUGGCGGAGCCUGCAUCAAGGCCGUGGCAGCAACUCGAGGCCGCCUAGUUUGGUGUGAGGAGCGUCAGCUUGGCGUUGAGGGCCAGCCAGGGCAGCUUUCGAUGCCUUUCAGCCACUGUGUGUGCGUCAAGAUCCUGGAGACCAGCGGGGAGGCUGGCACCAAACUAGGCCGCACACACAUCCUGCUGCGCCACUGCCCGCGUUUUGGACUGAUAGCCUCCCGCAAGGACCUCUUCCUGGUGCCCACCACCACCACUUGGCCUGGUGUAGCCCACGUUCUGCUCAUCUGGAGCCCAGGCAAGGGCAAGGUGGUAGCUGUCGCCCCAUCGCUUGGUCUUUCCCACAGUCAAAGCCUGAAUCCCAGACAAGGAGAUUCCUGGGAUUUUCGGAGCCUGCUGCGAAGCCUUCCUGGGUUCCUGACCCCCAGGGAGCCAUUGGCUGUCCACACCUGGGCCCCAUCUUCCCAUGGCUUGUUGUUGCUUGACUGCAAAGGCAAGGUGAGCCUAGUGCAGAGCCAUGGUGGUGCUCGAACUGUGGGAACCUUGCGCGAGGCACCUGUAGGCCUGGAGGGGUCUGCAGCCCUGGGAACAUUUCACGGCACCUUAGCCUGUGUCCUGGGCUCCACGUUGGAGCUACUGGACAUGAGCAGUGGGCAGCUGUUGGAAAGGAAGGUCCUCAGUACAGACAGGGUGCACCUGCUGGAGCCUCCAGCCCCUGGCGUGAAGACCGAGGAAGAACUGGAGACGCGAGGAGCUCUCUGCUUGCUUUCAGCCUUGGGGCUCUUCUGUGUGGGUUGGGAAACUCCCGAAGGCCUGGAACUACCCCCAGAUAAGGACAUGGUGUUUGAGGAGGCCUGUGGGUACUACCAGCGACGGAGCCUGCGAGGCACCCAGCUCACCCCCGAGGAACUGAGGUGCAACAGCAUGUUUCGGGCACCCCAGGCCUUGGCCUCCAUCCUCCAGGGCCACCUGCCCCCAUCUGCACUGUUGACUAUGCUGAGGGCCGAGCUUCGAGAUUACCGGAGCUUAGAGCGGCUCAAGGCCCAACUGGUGGCCGGCGACGAGGAGGAGGCCGGCUGGACUGAGCUGGCAGAGCAUGAGGUAGCUCGCCUGCUGAGAACCCAGCUGAGCGGCGACCAGCUGGCCCAACUCAACACCGUUUUCCAAGCCCUCCCUACGGCAGCCUGGAGUGCCACGCUCCAGGCCCUGCAGCUCCAGCCGGAUAGAACUGGCAGGCUGAGGUCCCAGGCACCCCCUGAUGUGUGGAAGAAGGUGCUGAGGGGUCCGGCGUCUGGAAAGGAGCACCCCAAUGGAAUACUGCCCCCUUUUGAACUCCUGUGCCAGUGCCUGUGCCGGCUGGAGCCUCAGUGGCUCCCCCCGUUUGUGGAGCUGGCCCAGGAGCAGGGUGGACCCGGCUGGGGGGCUGAAGGCCCCAGUCUACCGCUUUAUCGGCGUGCCCUGGCGGUGCUGGGUGAGGAAGGCAAGAGACCAGAGGCCCUGGAACUGGAACUGCUUCUGGGCAGUGGGCGGCCCAAAGCUGUGCUGCACGCGGUGAGGCAGCUGAUUGAGAAGGAACAGUGGGACAGGGCCCUGGCGGCCGGGCUGGCCCUGGACUCCUCCAGCCCCCUGCUUCGGAGCGAGAUCUUUAAGCUGCUCCUGGCAGAGUUUGCCCGCCACCGCCGCCUUGAUGCUCACCUCCCGCUCCUUUGUCGCCUGUGCCCUCCGGAAAUGGCCCCGGAUGAGCUCCUGCUUUUGCUGAGGACGCAUCUCCCCGAUGAUGUGGGGACCUCCAGCCCUUUCCCUGAGCCUGGGGCAGAGCCGCCUCUCACAGUGGGUUUGGUCAGAGCCCUCCUAGAACAGACCGGGGCUCAAGGCCGGCCCUCUGGUCCAGCUCAAAGCAAAUAUGAGGACAUCCUCUGGGACCCAGGCACUCCACCCCCUACCCCACCUCGUGGACCUAUUGCUACUCUGCAGGCAUCAGACCACCCAGGACCAGAUGCCUGGGUCCCAUCUGGACAAGGGCUCUGUGCGGCUGACAUGGGAGGUCAUUUGUAGACCACAGAGGAGGGGAAGGGCACCUAGGGUUACAGAGUACAAAAGUGAAACUUGUGUGUGCAAUACCGUGUUGUGGAACAAUUUUUAAAAUAUAUGCAAAUACCAAAUAUA